CGUCCUUCGAAUCCAGUUAUAACCAGUGGCCAGCUCUACAGCCAGACUCGGACCUACAAGGUCUCACCCGACUCAUCCCACAAAUGGGCCCCGUCGCUUAACGUCUACCCGCCGAAUACCGACCGUCAUCCUUCAUCCAAGCUGGGGUUUUCAUCUCAUCACCCAACACCACAUCUAAAAGCUUGUAACCAUAGUAUGAAUAUCAUUAGUCAGAGAACUAUACCACGUUCGAAUUACUCCUUACCCACCAGAGAAAAGUUGUUGUGAGCAUUUCCAUCUUUGCAAGGUUGACGUGUAAAGGUUAAAAAACAACAACAAAAUGGCAGCAAUUCCAUCCAGCGGAUCCCUCAUCGCCACCCAUGACUACUACCGUAGGCGCAUAGGAUCUACAUCCAGCAACAGCUCCUGUGGCAGUGCGGAGUACUCAGGGGAGGUGAUUCCUCACCCACCAGGUGUGGCCAGGCAAGACUCAGGCCACUGGUGGUCCUCCUUCUUCUUUGGCAAGCAGUCUCAGCCUGGCAUGCCCGGCGCAGCCAACGCCGGCUCGUACACGGUUUCCAAUGGGCAGAUCACCUGCGUUGCCAGGGAGAUGGUGUUGAAGAGGCAGCUGAGCGAGACCAGCGACUCUGGGAAGGCGGAGGCCGGACCUGCCCCCUCUCCUUGAGGACGUUUAACAACGCCCACACCCCCACCACCCCAACUCACCUGACCCCUCUCCUUGAGGACGUUUAACAACGCCCACACUCCCACCACCACAACUCACCUGCCCCCUCUCCUUGAAGACUUUUAACCCCUAACCCUUCUCACCAACCUGCCUACCUGCCCCCAAACUCACCUGUAUUUCAGACCCCCCCCUCCCAAUACCCCACUCUCCUGCUCCUCCAUGACCCCAUCGUCCAUCUCACCCUCUGUCCUCCCUGAGCCCUGUACCAGCCUUGCACCCUCCAUCUUCCUUUCCUGAUCCAAGACCGCUUGACUCCAUUUUGAGCAGUGCUGCUCCAUAACAGCUCACCUGCAGGACCCCUCCCCUGUCCACCCUCCGUUUAACCCUCAUACCCUGGAAUGGAUGAUGGCUUUGCCCCAUGCUGGGACUCCCUGAAACCAUGACCACUAACCACCCCACCCCCACCACACCACCACCUGCUGAAUCCCGACCCUCACCUGUGCUCCGACAACCCUCACCCCCCUCUCCCAGAUGCCCCCCCCCCCCCCCUCUAUAAAGACUAUACCAGAGCUCUCGAACCCGUCCCACAAGGCCAGAUGCCCUCCCAGCAGGGAAACCACCAUGGCAACGAGAGCUCUGCGAUUUUAACUAUUAAUUAUUUUUUUACUCUCUAGUCUGCUGUAACAGCAUUUGUAUGUAUGUUUGUCCUUUGGUUUUUGUAAGUACUAUCUAAUAUGUGAAAGAGGCCAAAAAAAGAGUUGUUUGUUAUUCGAGGCUUGAAGCCCUAUAGAAGAAAAUCCUGUUUGUUACUGUGCUUUUACUGUCAUCCUGCUUGCGUUGAAUAAAAGAAAGCUGCUUUUGAAA